AUGCCACAUCAUCCACCGGAAUACAAUCUCGACCAAGCACAUGCGACACCUCGAUCCUCCUACCGGCAAUCUACAUCCCACCGCCCCUUAAGCUCUCUACGUCAGUCCGCAUGGCUAUCCGAAAGCCGUCUUCGGACCUCAAGAUCCUUGAGCAGGAUGAGCUUCACAAGUAGACGCAGCGCACCCCGUCGGCCAACGAUCGGCGCCCCGUCCGAGUUCAGGAGGGUCCAGAGCGGACGUGUAUCUCCCCUAAGGCGAAGCCCAGCAUUUCGACCCCUACAACUGAGCAUUUACCUGCCCGGCAAUGAGCUUCCCGAUCUGCCAAUAUUCUGGGAAGAUGGAGCUGACAAGGUGGAGGAUGUGACAGUGGAACGACCUGUGCAAGCACUCGUCAAGUCACGAUCAGACUCCAUGCUACUCCGACGCCUUUCAAGCUCUUUCUCAAUCCCGAGGAAGCCAGUACCCUCAAGGACGUCCUCUCUAGAUGCAUCACGAUUCAGCAUGGACAGCCAAUUUACAUUGAACUGGGUCGGUGGUCCCACAAAGUCGCGAUCCAUCGAUCACCUACGGUCAAAGUCUAUUGAGCGCAGACCGAGCUUCAUGACUACUCGAAGUGCACAGGACUUCUUAGAUGCUUUGGAUGUCAGGGACGCCCAUUUACCCCAGCCUCCACCUCCUGCCAUUCGAUCCAACUCUGAGCCCCCCUACACAAUUUAUCGAAGAGCUAGUGAGCAGAGUCUGCGGCUGCGAACGCACCUGGAAGAGCGACAGUCAUUAGAGGCACGCUUACCCAAUUGCGCUACCAUCCAAGAGGAAAUAUCGCCUUUAUCGCCAAGACCCGGUGAGCAGAUGCCUCUGUCCCCUAUCUCCGAUCGUGACGACAACACCGACAGUUCGCCCUAUGAUGAACAACCGCUUCAAUGGCAAGAGUCGAUCCAGCGCGAUGCCCGUGCAGAAGUGCCUGUUAUGUCCAAGGCGAGAUCAUCUUCCGGAAGCUCGACGUUGUUGAAUGCCCCGACGCCUCUCCUCGACCCAUUUCGCCCAGACACCGCAAUGAAUGAGAGACCAAUAGUGACUGCAACCAUUUCAGGCAAUACCCAUUCAUCCUUUCGGGAUCGUUUCUCUCAGUGGAUUCUGAAGGCCCUGCCAGCGCUUCCAACAGUUGAACGCUCAUCUGCGUCAUUGAGCAUGUACGAUAUUUCCGGCCCAACAGAACUCCACAGCCCAUGGUCCUUUCCCAGUCCCCGACCUCAUACGAAACAGAGCUCGAUGUCUUCGUCCUGGACUCUUGGUGGUGGUCGAGGAGCCAGCUUCGAUGUCGAGAAGACGCCAUUACCGCCCCAAGUAGCCAGUGUUGGUGUUGCUUUCUGA